AUGGUGCAGAAAAGGCAGCGAGCAGAGGCAGGACCGAGCAAGCGCAAGUCGCCUCGCUUCGCUGCUGCGGAGAACCCUGUGAAAGAGGAUAAGGAAGAUCCGACGGCCUCAAAUGAGAAGAAUAAUGAAUCUACGGCUGGCGAUGAGGCGAAUCCGAAGGACCUUUACGCGGUGCUGGGAGUGAGUCGCGACGCGACGCACGCGGAGAUUCGCAAGGCGUAUCACCGCAUGGCGCUUCGGCUGCAUCCCGACAAGAACCCGGGCGAUGCGACGGCCAAGGAACGCUUCCAGGCGCUGCAGCGGGUGUUUGCCGUGUUGGGGGACGCUGAGAGACGGAAGAUAUACGACGAGACUGGCCUUACUGGCGAUGGGGACGGCGAGGAUGGCACUGGACUUUCGGGCAACACCGUUGCAGACCUUUACAAGUUCUUCCGAACGAUGUAUAGAGAGAUCACAGUGGCUGACAUUGUGGCGUUCGAGCGGCAGUACAGGGGGUCGGAGCAGGAGGCGAAGGAAUUGAAGGAGCUAUACGAGCGAUUCAAAGGGCGGAUGGACAUGGUGCUGGAGUGCCAGGUCUGUGCGCGGCCGGAGGUUGACUCGCAUCGCUUCAAGGAUAUACUCGAUGCUGCUAUCGAAUCAGGCGAGCUGAAGGCUACUAAGGCGUACAAGAAAUGGGCUGCAGAAGUAGCCAAGAAACCUGCUCCUGCCGACCCUCUUGCUGCAAACAAAGAUGAGAGCAACCAGGAGCUGAUGGCGUUGAUUCUCAACCGGCGAUCGGUGAGGGCUAAAGCUGCCGAUGAUCUGUUUGAGUCUCUGGCAGCUAAGCAUGCAUAA